ACAUGAUGUCAACACUCCCAGACCUUCUCACUGGAGUAUAGAGACUCAGGCUGCUGAAAUCGCUGCAAAACCUUUCUCUUACUAUUCCAUAAUGGAAUCUUUUCUUCUUUUCACCUGCGUCCUCUCAGUCCUAGUAUCUCCGGGUUACUCCCUGUCCUGCGUGCAUUGCAUAUCGGACGGAGUCUUUCCCUGCGAAGGAGAGGAGAAGAGGUGUCCGUCGGAUAGUUACGCCUGUGUGUCUACACUCACGACAAGCAUUAUCGACGGAGCGGUCAAGAAAACAUUUUCCAGGUCAUGUGAGAAACGCAGCUCCUGCGGGAUCGAGGGAACCAUCGGUUUUCAGAAGGGGAAAAUCAAAAUUGCUAAAUCGUGUUGCUACACAGAGGGCUGCACACCUUCCUUACCUACCUUACCUGGUGACAGCGCUCAGAGAGCUGGGUUGACUUGCAGAAGCUGCACCUCAUCUGAUUCCACGUGGUGUUAUACAAGCGACACCAUUGAAUGCAUCGGAGAGGAGAAACGAUGCAUUCUCCAGGCUACCACAACCUCAGGACCCAAGUACAGCAAGUCAGCCGUCAGAGGCUGCGCCACCAAAAAUCUUUGUGACAUUGGAAGUCAGUACCUGGAUUAUGGGAACGGUAUCAAGGUGUACAAGGAAGUAACUUGUACAAGCGCUGGCAUCAGUCUACGACUCGACUUCAUCCUUCUGACAUUAACUGCUCUUCUUUCGUCAAAGCUAAUGCUUUAAGACUCAUGGGUGAACCACGAAUGCCACACACACCACUUUCCACCACUGUUGAGUUGAGUCUAACUCUCCAUAGUCAACGCUUGAGAUGGGAACAUAUGUUUAGCUUUGUGUGAUAUGUACGUGUGCGUGUUUUAAGUGUGUGGAGGUGUGCGUCUGGCACGUAUCUGUAUAGACUGAGCAUCAAUGCAUGGGGCGCGCAUGUUAUAUGUUAUAUAUGUUAUAACUGAUUGAGCUGUCUUGUGAACUUAACAUUGUCUGUAUGAAACGUGAGAGAGAAUAAAUACCCGGGUACUACUGACUGCAAAA